AUUCCAAUUGCAUUUGGCGGAUCAUUAAGUUGGUUGGAGUUUAGCAUCAUCGAAUAUGAAACAAUUUCACUCAUUCUUGCACCUAUUCUAGCCAUCUUGCAAGGUUUUCAAUUGUUGCAAAUACAAAAAUGUUAUCAUACUCUUAAUAUCAACCAGCCAGAAACAUUCAUCCUCUACUUUACAGGAUUGACAACAAUCGGUCUACUAAUUCCAGCAUUUUACAGUUGGAUCAAUUCAACAAUUUCAGCUGAUGCUUCAUGGGAAUCGAUCGAUUUCUUAUUGAUUGGGAUGUCAAUAAUAUUCAUGCCGAAUUAUAAAUACUCUGAGAUAUGGUUACAACUCAAUCUCACACCUUAUCAUUUUAUGGUUUUGGAACAGACUAAAUUCUGGAUUGCAAGCAUUGGGCAAUGGUUCAUUCAGAAUAUGGCGCAUGCAACGAUAUUUGCUCUUACUGGAAAAAUUGUGAUGUUGGGAGGUUUGGUGCAAUAUUUCACUAAAAUGAAACAACGACAAAAGAUUGAUUACAAUGACUUAUCGUUAGCACUACUUAAUUAA